AUGGUUCUUGCGAGAAAUGUGAAAGAUGUUGUUGAUGAGAAGUUUUUCUGGAUUGGUAAGGGUGGUGGAUUUGGUGGUGCGUUUGGAGCGGGGUAUGGUGGUGGAUUUGGUGGCGGUAUUGGAAGUGGAAGUGGUUUAGGUGGUGCAGGAUUUGGAAAUGGAGGAGGAAUAGGUGGAGGCAUUGGUAAGGCUGGUGGUAUUGGAGGUGGAGUUGGCGGUGGCUUUGGCAAAGGAAGCGGAGUUGGUGGCGUAGGAGGAGGAUUUGGUAAAGGUGGUGGAUUUGGUAGUGGUGUUGGAGGAGGAUUUGGAAAGGGUGGUGGCAUUGGAGGAGGUAUCGGCAAAGGUGGAGGCAUUAGUGGAGAUUGCAUCGGCAAAGGUGGAAUCAUUGGCAGUGGUGUAGGCGGAGGAUUCGGUAAAGGUGGAGGCAUUGGAGGUGGAAUUGGAAAUGGUGGAGGAGAUAGCAAUGGAGCAGGAGGAGGAAUUGGAGGCGGAUUUGGCAAAGGAGGAGGAAUUGGAGGCGGAUUUGGCAAAGGUGGUGGUAUUGGUGGUGGUUCUGGAGGCGGAUUUGGCAAGGGUGGUGGCAUCGGAGGCGGAAUUGGCAAAGGUGGUGGCAUUGGUGGAGGAGUUGGCGGUGGUGAAGGAGGAGAAAUUGGAGGAGGCUUUGGCAAAUAUGGUGGAUUUGGAGGUGGAUUUGGUGGGGGAGUUGGAGGUGGUUUUGGUGGUGGAAUUGGCGGACAUCACUAA